AUGGCAGCCAUCACCCUUGAAUUAGACUGGCUGCGGGGGGUUCAGGAAGGGCUGUGUUGGGGGAGGUUGCCCCUGAUUCAGGUGGACUCUGUUCAGCGAUGGAUGGAAGACCUAAAGUUGAUGACAGACUGUGAAUGCAUGUGCAUCCUCCAGUCAAAGCCCAUUAGCCUGGAGGAUGAUGCUCAGAGUGAGCUGAUCCCAUCGUCACAGCAUGGGCCAUGUGAUCACCUGCAGCUGCUACUGAAACGGGCCUGGAUCAUUAGCACCGAGCUGGGAAGGAUCGGGCAGAAGUUGGAUCGGGAACGAUGGGGGCGGGUCCACAGCCUGAGUGUCCGGCUAACCUGCCACGCUCGCUCCAUGAUCAAUGAGUACAGCAUCUUCAACAGAGGUACCUCAGAGGAGAUGGAGCAGUUACAGAAGCUCUUAAUGGAGAAGUGCUCUGAGCUUACAACUGUCACAGAGAGGUGUCUCCAUAUUGAAGAUGAGCAGGUCCUGAAGUCCAUGAAGCCUUGUGUGAGUGAGACACUGAGUGCCGUGGGCCGGAACUUUAGCCAGCUACUGGAAUUGGCUCUGACUCAGGAGAUACAGGUGCUGGUGAGAAAGAUCGAUACUUCAGACAAUCUUUACACUGCAGAGUCUACCACAGGGAACCUGUUCAGCCUAACCCAGGAGGGUGCCCCUUUAUGCCGUAUCAUAGCAAAGGAAGGGGGAGUUGUGGCCCUCUUUAAGAUCUGUCGGCAAGACUGUUUCCGAUGCCUGUAUCCCCAGACAUUACGUACUCUCGCUUCCAUUUGCUGUGUGGAGGAAGGCAUUCACCAACUGGAGAAGGUAGAUGGUAUUCUGUGUUUGGCUGACAUCCUGACCGACAGUAGCCACUCAGAAGCCACCCGAGCAGAAGCCGCUGCUGUGGUCGCCCAGAUCACCUCUCCGCACCUGCCUGUGACCCAGCAUCUCAGCAGCUUCCUGGAAAGCAUGGAAGAGAUCGUGACAGCCCUCAUCAAACUGUGCCAAGAGGCCUCCUCUGGGGAAGUCUUCCUCCUGGCUUCUGCAGCCCUUGCCAACAUCACUUUCUUUGACACGAUGGCCUGUGAGAUGCUUCUGCAGCUGAAUGCCAUGCGCAUCCUCCUGGAAGCCUGUGCCGAUAAACAGAGAGUGGACACGCCCUACACCCGAGACCAGAUUGUGACAAUAUUGGCAAACAUGUCUGUCCUGGAACAGUGUGCUUCAGAUAUAAUACAGGAGGAUGGACUGCAGCUCCUCAUGGGAAUGCUGUCUGAGAAGCCCCUGUCUGGGAGCCCAGCUGAGGUGGCUGCCUGUGAGAGAGUCCAGCAGAAAGCCGCCGUGACGCUCACUCGCCUCAGCCGGGACACCGAUGUGGCUCGAGAAGCCAUCCGGCUUGGGUGUAUGCCUCGUCUUACAGAACUUUGCUGGGUCCCAGCUGAGAGGAACAAUAGUGACUCUGUGCUUGUGGCAUGUCUGGCUGCCUUACGCACACUGGCAGCAGUCUGCCCAGAAGGCCUCCAGGACACUGAUUUCCAACAACUUGUCAAACCUCGGCUGGUGGACUCCUUCCUCCUGUGUGCGAACAUGGAAGAGAGCUUUGUAUGAGAUGGGAAGAAGUGGGAAAUGAGGAAGAGGAACCAGUCAUCCUCCCAUCCAACCAGCAUCAUGGAACCUCCAGAUCUCCCUCCCAAUACAUGCAUGUUCUGCUAUAGCCCACAGCUUCCUAUUUAUACUAACUUAUUAUCUGACUAGGAGGAUGAUGGAUUAAGUCCAGAGAUAAUACAAUAGGAUACCCAUCCUAGGCCUCUGUUACUUUUUUUUUAACUUCUAUUACUUUUUUGUUUAAAGAUAUCAAAAUGUUUAGUAGUCUAGAAAGGAUCAUGAAUGCUUUCACUUUAUUUUGCAAUUGUCAUAUUACAAUGUAAUCUUGCCACAUUUUUUUUAUUGUAGAUUUCAAGUAUUUCUGCCACUUUGUAGUUUUGUAGUUUAUUGUACUGUUUUAAAAAUUCUCUGCCAUUAUUUAGACUAAAUUAAAUAUAAAGACACAA